GAAGUCGCAUCCUGUCGUAAAAAAACAACGCCAAGAAGGAGUCCCAUAGAGUAGCCGGAGGGGGGGAGAGUUGGAGUUGGGAAUUCAACCUUCAUCGUGCAAAUUAAACCCAUUCAUCGAACAAACCCACGUUUUCCCACAGCAGGGUUGAGGAAAAUUUAAAUUGAAAUGUCUUUUCGUGGAGGUAGGGGCGGGGGAAGAGGUGGCAGCUACGGCGGAGGAAGAGGACGUGGUGGAGGUGGAGGGUACCGAGGUGGUGGGCGAGGAAGCUUCAAUAGAACAUUUGAUCAGGGGCCACCUGAAAGGGUAGUAGAACUGGGACAUUUCAUGCAUCCGUGUGAAGACGACAUUAUUUGCAAGUGCACCUCGGAAGAAAAUAAAGUCCCUUACUUCAAUGCACCAGUUUACUUGGAAAACAAAGAACAAAUCGGAAAAGUUGAUGAAAUAUUUGGACAGCUUAGAAAUUUUUAUUUUUCAGUUAAAUUAUCAGACAACAUGAGUGCUAGUUCCUUUAAGCGACCACAGAAGUUUUAUAUCGAUCCAGCAAAACUACUCCCGCUUCAGCGAUUUCUGCCUAGACCACCUGGUGUAAGAGGGCAGGGGAGGGGAGCUCGUGGUGGUGGCCGAGGUGGACGUGGUGGUCGAGGCGGUGGCAGGGGCGGUGGUUUCAGAGGAGGCAGAGGAGGUAGUUUCAGAGGAGGCAGAGGCAGAGGUGGAGGAGGAGGAGGAGGAGGACGUGGCUAUAGAGGUGGCGGAGGAAGGUGAACAUGGAUAAUUAAGAUUUGGGCAGCAACCUCCAAACAUACUCUUCAUUCGUUCUGCAAGCCGUGCUUUUACAUUUAUGGACUGUACCAAAUUGAAGUAUAUUUUAAAUCUAGCAUAGGUUUUUGUAUUUGCAUAGUAAUAAUUGAUUUAGAUGUACUUGAGGGUCCAGUUUGUAUGUAAUUUGUUUGUAUUCUAAUUCAACAAGUUCGGAACCUAUUUGUACACAAGUACAAAAGCAGUCAUUUUUAUUGAAUUAAUUAAAUUUUACAAUGUUCUACUGAUAUAAAAGUACUUGGUUUACAACAUAGUACAUUCUGAGAUAAUGGUUCAGUAAAAAUUUGUUUUAAAGUAAA